GAAACCACCGUUUCCAUCCACAGAAUCAACAAUGGAGAAAGGCCUGAUAUCAGUAGACCGGUGGACCAAAGGCAGCCAGGCCUACUUCCUGACUCACUUGCACGCGGACCACACCCAGGGUCUGACCUCUACCUGGGCCGAGGGUCCCCUCUUCUGCUCCCGCCUUACCGCCAAGCUCUUCCCCUUCAGAUUCCCUAACUUCCGCCUCUCGUUGCUUCGCAUCCUCGAUCUCGGCUCCUGGCAUUCCAUCUCUCUUAUUUCCCCUUCCACGGGUUCUAGGGUUACAGUUGAAGUCUUGGCAAUUGAUGCUCACCAUUGUCCUGGUGCAGUUAUGUUCUUGUUUCGUGGAGAGUUUGGAUGCUUGCUGUACACAGGUGAUUUCCGUUGGGAGAUAUGUUCCGAGAGAGCAAAAGUAGGCAGGGAAAUUCUCUUCAAUGCUCUGAAGGAUAGUGAAGUUGACAUCCUUUACUUGGAUAACACGUAUUGUAAUCCAUCAUUUGCAUUUCCCUCUAGAGAAGUUGCAGCCAAGCAGGUUGUUGAUAUAAUUGCCUCCCAUCCAGAUCAUGAUAUCAUCAUUGGGAUUGACUCCCUGGGCAAGGAAGAUCUUUUGCUUCAUAUUGCACAGGCACUUGAUACAAAGAUUUGGGUGUGGCCUGAGCGCCUUCAGACCAUGCAUCUCCUUGGGUUCUAUGACAUUUUUACAACCCAAACUUCUCUCACCAGAGUGCGAGCUGUUCCUCGUUACAGUUUUAGCAUUGAAACUUUAGAGGGAUUAAACACAAUUCGCCCAACUAUAGGAAUCAUGCCAUCUGGUCUUCCAUGGUUGAUUAAACCCCCUAAAGGAGAUGACAAACUUUCUGGUUCCUUUUUAACUUGCCGUUACAACAGAAGCAAAAUGGGCCCUAAUGGUGGAAUGCAGACUGAUAAGCUUAGUGGCAUUUUAGGAUCUGUGGAAAGGUUUCACAAGUACAUGUAUUCUGUUCCCUAUUCUGACCACUCAUGCUAUGCAGAGAUAGAGCAAUUCAUAAAGCUUGUCCAACCAACCAACAUGAAAGGCAUUUUGUCUUCAUCAUCUUGUUAUGUUGAUCCUCUCUACUACUUUGGUCGUCUCUGUGGAUUAAACCUAUCAUCUAGCAGAUUUGACCGUACACAUCAAAAGAAAGGAGGCAAAAGAAUUGUAAGUAGCAGCUCUACAGAAGUCACAAAGAGAAGAAAAAAGUCUCUGGGUCAUUUAGGAGGUCGUCUGAGCAGGGUACAUUCACUGAGGAGAUCACAACGAGGUGCAAAGAUUGCUGAGAACGACUGUCCUGAUUAACUAGAGCUGAAUGCUGGCUUGAAGAAAUUACUUCUGAAUUGAAGAUGCAAGCUUCAAUUUGUAUUAAGUUGCAGCACUUCAGGUGAAUGGCAUUUUACAGAACAUGGAGAUAUUGCAAGUAGUCAGUGCUCAGUAUAGUUGGUAUGGAUUCUUCAUCUUUUACUCUUGAUAUGUAGAAAGGCUACAUCAGUAUUAAAUUCUGAUUAGAUAUAUAAGUAGGCACUAAAGUUUGAAGUGUUGUGGUUUUUUAGGUGAUAAACUGAUAAUAUAUGUGUUGAGAUCACACUACAGUAGGAUUUACGCAAUGGAAGUUCAUUUUUGGUCAUCAAGAAAGGUAUUUUUUCCAGUAAUUUUCUUGGUUUAAAUCAUCUUGCUCUGGAAAGUGGUAGUUUUGCAAUCUUGUAUACCUAUGUUGCAUUGCAUCUCCUUGAUUAUGCAAAUGUGCUUGUAAAGUCAUUCGAGG